AUGGCCAUUGACUGUGGCAAAGCUUCCCCGUCCAAGAAUGUUUCCCCGAACCCAAUCCAUGUUCACGCCAAGGGUUUUGUCCACUGCGAUAUAAAGCUACAAAACAUUCUUGUUUUCGACAAUGAUGAUGUCAAGAUUGCAAACUUUGGGUUUGCAAAGGAGACGGGGGAGAAACAGAGUAAAACAACGUGCGAGUGCAGGGGAACUCCUAUGUUUAUGUCGCCGGAGUCACUGAACAACAAGUGUGAGUCUCCGGCGGAUAUAUGGGCUCUGGACUGUGCCGUGGUGGAGAUGGUGACCCGAAAACCCGCUUGGAAUGUGGGUAGCGGAUCGAAUAUCUGGUCAUUGCUAUUUCGAAUUGGGGUAGGUGAAGAAUUGCCGCAUGUUCCAGAUGAAUUGUCGCAACGAGGGAAGGAUUUUCUUAGCAAGUGUUUUGUUAGGGAUCGCAAGAAGAGAUGGACGGCUAAGAUGCUUUUGAAACACCCCUUUGUGGAUGAUGAUGACAAUGUUCCAUUCAAGCACGUCAAUGAGUUGUUGGAGCAAGAGGUAGAGCCAUCGCCAAGAACUCACUGUGAUUUCCCUCAUUGUGCUUUCACUCCUGCUUCGUCCUAUUUGCCUAGUUUAUGUUCGCCGAUGGAUCGGCUCCGGCAACUGGUCACCGAUCAGAGACCAAUUGAUUGGUCAGAAACAGACGGGUGGACUAGUGUGAGGGAAGGUUAG